CCUGAUUACUUCAAUGUGUCAACUUUCUCCUCACUCUUUAACUAUCUCUAAAUUCAGACAUUGGCAUUCGCGUGAAGAAUUAUUCAUUGGCAUCUGUGUGCUGCAAGCCUUUAGUAGAUCCUCGGAUAGGUUCUUUCCCAUACCAUCCGUAGUCUCUGAGAUAUCAAAUGGCAGAUAGGAGAGGGAGAUGCAGUUGGUGUGGCGUGCAACUUGUGGUGCCGCCGGAGGCGCAAGCAGUUCGUUGUGCGGUGUGCCUAUCUGUCACCAAUACUAACCUCUACGAUCCUCCACCGAUUCAAGCCAAGAAUUCUCUAUACCGCGCAGCUAACUUUGUAAAAGGCCUCGUCGGUACUGUUACAAACAACAUCCAUUCUCUAGCCAACCCAACCGGCAGCUAUCCUGGACUAUACACAUCGAACUAUGGCUAUUAUCCUCCGGCUCCGUCUCUGCCACGGCUGCCUACUUCAGUUCAUGGCAGGAAGCGUGCUUUGCUUUGUGGAGUAAGCUAUACAGGAAAGAGGUACAAGCUCAAAGGAAGUGUCAACGAUGUGAGGUGCAUGCGCUACUUCCUGGUCGAGGAGAUGGGAUUUCGAAACGACUCUAUACUCAUUCUCUCAGAAGAAGAGACGGAUCCAACCAGGAUCCCAACAAAGCACAACAUCCUCAUGGCUAUGCGAUGGUUAGUCCAUGAUUGCCAAUCUGGUGACUCGUUGGUGUUUCACUUCUCUGGCCAUGGCUCAAAAGAGCGCGAUUAUGAUAUGGAUGAAAUCGAUGGGUUUGACGAAUCUAUCUGGCCAGUUGAUCAUGAAAUUGCAGGGAAGAUACUUGAUGAUGACAUUAACGACACCAUUGUGAGACCACUGCCUCGAGGAGCCAAGCUCCAUGCUCUUAUUGAUGCCUGCAACAGCGGAACCAUGCUUGAUCUACCCUUUUUAUGCAGGAUGAACCGAGAAGGUGCCUACAGAUGGGAAGAUCAGGGAUACAUGUCAACUGUUUAUAAAGGCACAAGAGGUGGACUAGCCCUCUGUAUUAGCGCUUGCGAUGAUAACCAGACCUCUGUGGACACAACGGCAUUAUCAGGAGGGACAGCAACUGGUGCCAUGACAUACAGCUUCAUUCAAGCAAUGCUAAAAGGGCAUGAACUCACAUACGGUCAUCUACUGAUCGCCAUGCGUCAUACAAUUCGCGAGGCCAGCGCCAGAGUACGUUUCAAGGGUCCAAUUGCAUCCCUUGUUAACAAACUGCUUGGUGCUGGAUGGACUCAGGAACCUCAACUAUCAUCAUCCGAAGUGUUUGACAUUUACGCAACCAAGAUUUCUCUGUGACUUGAGCUUUCAUGUUCUUGAUGAUUUGGACAUCAUAUUCCACUGGACGUUUUCCUCACGUUAUAGGGUGAAAGUCGUUCUCUCACGAUGAUAUAUGGGAAUACUUUUCUGGAGUUUUCCACAUUAAAAGAAUAUUAACUGCUAUAUUUGCUA